AUGAUGAUUGCCCCACCCAUCUCAAUGGUCCUAUAUCACGAACUACCAACGGUCAAAACCAAAAAGCGCGAAAAAAUUCCCGAGGGAACACUAUGCGUGGUCUGCGGCGACCUUGCAAGCGGCAUUCAUUAUUCAGUGGCCAGUUGUAACGGCUGCAAAACGUUCUUCCGGCGUGCUCUUGUGAACAAACAGACAUUUACAUGCCAGUUUUCCGGAGAUUGCAUUGUUGGAAAGUCUGUCCGAUGUGUAUGCCGAAGUUGCCGACUCAAAAAGUGCUUCGAUAUGGGAAUGGAUCCCAAGGCUAUCCAACAUGAUCGUGACAAAAUACGAUACACGAAAGCGCUUAAAAAGAAGCGCGACGAGGAGAAAAGAAUGAAAGAAGUCACCAUCAAAGAAGACAUUGGAUCACCGCAGAGCGUUCUUUCUGAAAAUUAUAUUAAUACUUCUACCCCAUCGUCCAGUACAAUGAUGAAUGCUGUCGAAGAGACUACCAUGUUCGAUACCGAAGCUCAGAAUGACAUCAAAGUCACAAUUGAUAACUUGCAAACACUUGAAGAUGUGAUAUUGGGGCUUCGGAAUUCGUAUCGCUUUGAAAUCUGCAGCAAACGUCAUACAUUAUAUUCCGAGAAAUGGCUCAACGACAAUCAGUGGGUGAAAACCAAUUCUGUUCUUCGAGAAGGCCCUCGAGUGUCAGUCCGAUGCUCAGUUGCGGAACUACGUCAAUGGUUUUUACGCGAUCUCGUUCUUAUGGUUGAAUGGUCGAAGCAAAUACCAAUAAUGGAGAAUUUGCUGUUGAAUGACAAAACGGCGCUGCUCAAAACUUUUGCACCAAUGUAUCCAUUGAUUCAACUGGCAUUUUACACAAAAGAGGAUGAGGAUGAUAGUGGAAUUGUCAUCAAAACUGAGCCCGGCUGCUCGCCACCACCCCCCAAGCCAAUAAGAUUGAAUUAUCCUGAUGGUUCCUAUGUUGAAAAUAAAGCUGGAAAGCCGGAAAAUACUGAAGAAGAAAUGAUUUCAAUGCUCAUCGAUGGCGUUUACAAAGUGAUGAGGAGGUUACAAUUAAGAGAUUCGACGUUCGUCUUCUACAAACAAAUACUUUUUCUGAAUCCAGAUGCCCAUGGACUUUCUCACAUUGCCAAAAAAGUCAUCGAAGGAGAGCGCAUGAGACUCCUAACCCAAUUAUACUACUAUCUUGCCAAUGAAAGAGGUCGUGAAGCUCCAAUAAUCUUCUCGAAUUUAUUAAUGAUGUCAGCUACACUGAGCCGAACUGCUUCAUAUGUCAAGAGAGUUUUUGAAAUUCACGAUAUUUUUGAUGAAUUAAAGCUAAAGGAUGACCUCAUCAACCAACUAAUCAUUGCCCUGUAG